AUGGGUCGUCUUCACAGCAAAGGAAAGGGUAUCUCUGCCUCCGCCAUCCCCUACUCUCGCCGCGCUCCUGCCUGGUUCAAGCUCACUCCCGAGUCUGUUGUUGAGCAGAUCACCAAGUACGCUCGCAAGGGUCUUACUCCCUCGCAGAUUGGUGUCAUUCUCCGUGACUCCCACGGUGUCUCCCAGGUCAAGGUUGUUACCGGCAACAAGAUUCUCCGUAUUCUGAGAGCCAAUGACCUGUCUGUCGACAUUUUUGCACAUGUACCUCUGCUUGGUGAAUUAUUGCUGACAGAGUGGCUUUUUAUAGGUCUUGCUCCUGAGAUUCCUGAGGAUCUUUACCACUUGAUCAAGAAGGCUGUUGCCAUCCGCAAGCACUUGGAGAAGAACAGAAAGGACAAGGACUCUAAGUUCCGUCUUAUUUUGGUUGAGUCCAGAAUCCACCGUCUUUCUAGAUACUACAAGACUGUUGGUGUCCUUCCUCCCACUUGGAAGUACGAGUCUGCUACUGCCUCUGCUCUCGUCAACUAG